UCGGAGGGGGUCUGGGAUUGGGUGGUGUGUGAUUGGCUCGAAGAUUGCCGGGCCACAGACAUCAACUCUUGCUUGCUUUCACGGGCUCUGCAUGGCACUGCCAAUAUCAUCGAGUUCUUCGAGAUAUGGAAGAAAAAGGUGACAAGAGAAGUCCAAGCAAAUUGAAAUAUAAACCUGUAAGGCAGAUAUCUGAAGAAGCUUACUGGGAUUGUAGUGUCUGUACAUAUAGGAACACAUCUGAAGCUUUUAAAUGUUCUAUGUGUGACGUGAGAAAAGGCACAUCUACAAGGAAACCUAGAAUAAAUGCACAUCUUGUAGCUCAACAAGUAGCACACAAGUACAUACCAAACAUUCCAGGUCUGAAAAAAGCUCCUAGCAAAAGACCUUUAAAGAAAAUGAGGCCAAGACUACAGAAUGUUGAUCGUAGCAGUGCCCAGCACAUGGCUGUCACAGUAGGGAAUGUUACUGUUAUUAUAACAGACUAUAAACUCUUGAAACCUGAACAUACUUCUUCAUGCAGUCCUGAUAGAAAUAGUCCAGGCCUUUCUGAAGGAAGCUACGAAGCAGGGCCAUCCACCACACCCACUGAAUACAUUGGAAAUGGUGCAAGCCAUGAUGAGAGCACAUGACAUGCACAUGUCUAAAAAGAGAGUGUGACAUUUGAUAGACUAUCUUCCAAUUUUAGCUGAUGCAAUCUGCUAUUUCAUAACUUGUAUGGCCAAGAGCCUGUUUUUGGGGCUACAAAGACUGGAAAAAAUGAGCUUUUGUAAAAAAAAAAAGAUAUCCCUCUACAUCACAAGCAGCUCUUUCAUUCAGUGAAGGAAAAAACUAGUUCAAAGGGAGACAGGGCAAGACGAGUUGGUGAUCUCAAUAUAAUGUCACGUCAUCACUACAAAACUCUGGAUCUGGCUCAAAACUUAUUUCAGUUUUAUUUUGAACACUCACCUACAAUUUUAGAAAAUUAUCAAUGGAUUAAUGGAUUAAUAUGCCUAUUUAUAAGGCUGUUCAUGAGACAUUUCCCAUUUUCUAAAUAUCCCAAAAGAGGGGGGCGCCUGAGCUCUCCCUUUGCUAAGUCCCUCUCUUCAGUUCUUAUAAGAGAUUUUAACUUUUUCUGUAUUUUUGUCAUUCAUUUUAAGGUAAAUUUGCUAAAGUUGUUUUUAUACACAGGUCUUUUUGAUGUUUUUAUUUUUUGUAUAUAAAAAAGCUUGCAUUUUAUUUGUGUGCAUCACUUCAAAAUCUUGGAUAAUAGUAUAUGUGGAAAUGGCAAAGAAUCAAUGUAAAAAAAAUUGUCUACAAAGAUCUCUGUUCAGAAUGUCAAAGUAUUUUUCAUUUUUUUUUUUUUUAAUUUUAACAAAAUAUCUCUGGUAUUUUUAUGCCUCCAUAUAAAUUUUAGAAAAUAGAAAUUAAAUCCUUGUGUGUUUGGUAGCUAUUUAAAUAGACAUCCCUUUACACAUGCCUUUUAAAUUAGUAAGGGAUCUUGUAAAGUUAAACAAAUCCAAAAAUUAUAAAAAAAUCGCCCACUCACUGCCUAUCGCAUUUUGUUUUAUGAUCCACUUCCGAAAUUCUGACUUUUUGGAAUCUUUUUAACUUUGGAAGAUCUUUCGAAGAAAAUUGACAAAUGUAAUGAAUUUUCUGCUAGCUACAGUACAACAGUGGUUAGUGUGGCCAUCUUGACAACUUGUAGUGAAUCAAUGAGCGACGAGGCAAAGAAAAGCUCAUCAUACCAUUGUGUCAAUCAAAACAGCCAUUCUCUCCUGCUUAUUGGCUAACUUUCUACGUUGUAUAAUAUUAGUACCUCAUAAAUUGAAUUUAUACUUGAGAACUCAAUCGUCUUUUAUGAUUAUAUUAAUAACGGUAAAAGUUUGUUCUCACUAGGACGCAAGUGGAAGUGCAAACUGAAGCGCAAAGUGAGAAUCGGUCAAACACAAGCACAAAAAAUCAAGCAGUCUCAUUCUCUUGCACUUAUGUUAUAGUGAGAAUCGGAAAACUAUGUGGGUUCCCCUUGCGCUUACUUCCAAGUGAGAACCAACCUUAAAAGAAUUACUCAACAAGCAUUUAUAUGUAUAGACCACUUAUUUGUUUUGUUUUUUUCCACUGGAUAAUAUUGGUCUCCAAGAGAUUAUAAGAUCAUUGUAAAAUAGACAAAGUUUUAAAGGCUUCAAGCUGUGGCUAACCCAAGUGCAAUAAAAUAAAUAUGCUAUGA